AUGGAUCCCGCCAGUUAUCCCCCUAAGCUCACUGUCGUUGAGAAGUUGAAUAUGAUUUCGGCUGGGCUUUCGUUGAUUGCAAGUGCAAUCAACGCGGCCAUCGCUGGCGUAUUUCGCGGACAGCGCGGGCACAAGCAUUACAACAAGCAUGUCCGCUAUGCUGUGAUCAGAGCAGCGGUUACUCGACUUUCGACACGGCAGCUGCAGGCGCUCAACCCCCUCACAAAUCAGGCAUAUGAACUGUUCGCAACAAAAAAUGGUUUCACACCGCAGACCGUGCCGUUAGAGCAUGGCGCACAGGGCCAUUGGAUCGGGAAUAAAGACGCGAAGAAUGUCUUGAUUUACUACCAUGGCGGCGGAUUUGCAACUGCGGCUGGUCCUGCAUUUUUCCAGCUCCAAUAUGACGUCCUGAACCAGCUCAAGGCUGCCGGCAAAGAUAUCGCCAUCUUCUUCAUUACAUACACCCUCACUCCGCAAGCCGUCUACCCCACCCAACUUACGCAAGCUGUCGAGGCACUCCGUUACAUAAUUAAUACAACCAGCCGUAGCCCUUCAGACAUUUUCAUCGCAGGCGACUCCGCUGGUGGUAAUCUCUCGCUUGGCGUUCUCUCCCAUAUUUCCCAUCCGCACAAGGCAAUCCAACCCCUGGAACUUUCUGAGCCCCUAGCCGGCGCCUUGCCUAUCUCGCCAUGGGUCUCGUUCUCUCUGGAUUAUCCCUCUGUCGAGGAGAACAAGAAUAAAGAUAUACUUGUGCCCUCGGCCCUGGAAAUGUGGUCGUCACUGUACGCUGCAGGCUCGGAGCCGGAUAAUUAUAUGGAGCCGCUUAGGGCGCCAGCAGAUUGGUGGAAGGAUCUUAAAGUAAGGGAUGUGCUGAUUUUGACCGGCUCGGAUGAUUUAUUCCGUUCCCCUAUUGAGCAGUUCGUUGAAAAGUUCAAGACCGCAUUCCCGAGCACGACUUUCGUUGUGGGCGAGGAUGAAUGUCACAACGGCCCCAUCAUAUCUUUGAUGAUCGGUGAUCAAUCGGAAACAGAGCAGGGGAAAGCAUAUGCGUCGUUUUUGUUGUCGAAACUUUGA